AUGGGGCAUUCAAUAACAUGGGAAUAUAGUGAGGAGUCCGAGACCGAGGAGAUGGUCGUCCGCUGCACCUACUGCGGACGUUUUUGCAACAAGAGGGCCAUUCAUGGCAAGACCGGUCUCUGCUAUCCGUGCAGAGACAACCUCCGCAAGGAGGGCGACGAAAGAGCCCUGGAAACAGACUCUGACGCUGAGAGUGCCUCCUCGAGCACGAGAGCUCAGGAGUGCAAGCCCGUCAAGGGCCAUCCGUCUGCCACGGCUGAGGCAGACGAAGACUCUCAGUCAGUCAAGUCAGAGGAGGUGACCGCUCGCAGCAACGUCUGCUCGAGAUGCUGGGCCGCAGAGGCUACAGGGACGCUCUACAACUCCCCUGUGUGCAAUGACUGCUACCACCUCGCACAGGCCAAUCGCAAGCGAUUCCAACCACCGAACCCCCAUCUUCAAGCGGGCAAGCGGUUGACAAGGGUCUGCGAUUCAUGUCGUCAAAAGAGGAAACGCUGUGAGCACCGUCGAGUUGUUGAUGCCACUGAUCCGGAAGCUCAUUGCCGCAAGAGAGGAAGAAAGAGAAAAUGUGAAGCCAUUAGCGAUGACAAGAGUGGAAGCGAAAACGUUAAGGCCUCCGCAAGCAGGGAAGACGAACAAGAAGUCAUCGUUGUCGACGACACUGCUGAAGAACCCGGCUGUUCCAACGAUAGCAUGAAUCACGCCAUCAAGGAGUCGGUGGACAUCGUCUACAAGAGGGAGCUGUUGAAACUUGAGGCUAUAGCGCGCGAAAAGAUCAACGAAGCAAACAAGGCCAUGGAUGACCUUCGUGCCCAUGUGAACGGCUGGCUAGAACAUGUUACAAAGGGCAACUCUCUAGGUGAACCAGCGCAGGAGCAACAACACCCAACAACCCAAGAAGAGGGUGUUUGA